AUGACUCAAUAUGUACUCCCUGACAAACGUCAAUCAUCUCGUCACUCCUCUAAUAAUGUUGAUGACGAUAUGCCAAAAGGACUAUCACAUUCUUUACCAAAAUCAUCUCAUAUUGUCGAUAAAAAUAAUUCAUCAUUAUCAGGAGCUAUUGUUGAACCUGGUUCACGUAUUGAAUUUCUUGAACGAAGUCUUCGUUAUAUUCAAGAACAACAAGAAACAGUACUUGUUGAUUUACAUAAUGAAAUCAGUCGACUUCAACAAGAAAAUAGAGAUCUUCAUUAUCGAACGGUCAAAACUCCUUCACUACCUUCAAUAGAACAAAAGCAAAAAAAUACAGAUCAAAUAUCUACUUCUUCUUCUUCUUCUCCUCCAAAAAAUCAAAAUCAUCUUAAACAACAGAUCGAUAAACUUGAAAAACAAUUAUUUGAAAGUGAACAAAAAAAUAAAUAUUUAAUGCAUACAAUCGAUGAAUUAAAUAACACUUUAUCAUCAAAAGUCGAUAUAUCAGAUACAAAUAGUUCAAAUAAAGAUGACAUUCAAAUACCAAUACAAAUAACAAAUAAUAAUGAAUGUCAACAUUUAUUCAACAUGACAUUGGAAAAAGAACAACAAUAUGUACACGAAAUAGUCAAAUUGCGAUCUGUAUUAAUUGAAAUUCUCAAUGCUGAACAAUUAAGUAUAGCAUCAAAAAUUCUUAUUCGUGAUUGUUUAACAUCAACAAAUAUGAGUGAAAAUUCAUUGAGUAAAACCACAACAACACCAGUUGAUAUGCUAUAUUUUAAUGAAAAUCAGCAACAGAAAACUGUAACUUCAUCAACAGCUGGAAAAACUUCAUUAUUUCGACAUGAAUUACCUGUUCGACGUUUGAAUCUUUCACCACCACAAAUUGCUGCACAGAGAUCAAGUGGUCAACAUCGUCCAAUUGAACAACGUAUAACUUUACCACCAAUUACGUCAGGAAAUAAUUCAGCAUUGUGCCGUGAUCCAACUGAUGUAAAUGGUCAGCUUCAUAACUCAUCGAGUCCAAAAAAUGAUUCUCAAAAUCAAAAUAUAACCCAGUUUGGUAAAACAUCAAUAGCUCGACGAGAACGAGCUACUCAUGAAUUACAAAAAAAUAGACUAAUGAAAAGUCUUUAUCAUUAA